AUGGGGAUGGGGUUGCGGUACCGUAUUGGCUGCACCUCGCACCCAUUCGAUGACGACACCGUUGAGGUCAGCAUGACGAAUCUUCAAGAUAUUAGUCAAGCAUCAACAUACAUGGCUGUCAUAGACAUGAUCGAAGCGUUGAAAGCGGAGAGUGUGCCUUAUUCGGGACCGACUCCCACUUCAUCUAUAGAUCCAGUCCCCACCGUGAUUCCCGGAGAUAUUCCCGUUUUCCAGGAGAUCCACAAGACUGGGCAACGGACAUUAUGGGUUGUAACCGUCCUGAUGGCCCUCUCCUCCGUCAUCUUCUAUGUCCUCAGUGCCCGUUCACCAGUGCCUAAACGUGUCUUCCACACCCUCGUGUCCCUCGGAACAACCAUCUCCUUCCUGGUUUACCUGUCCCUCGCUACCGGCGAAGGCAUCGUCUGGAAACACGACCUCAUCAGAACAAAACACGACCACCAUGUCCCUACUAUCACAACCGACUACUUCCGUCAGGUCUUCUGGCUCCGCUAUAUCAACUGGUUCCUCACCGGACCUCUUGCCCUGAUUAACCUGACCCUCCUCUCCGGUCUCCCGGGAGCGCACCUCGUAGUCGCCGUCGGUGCAGAUUUCGUGAUGCUCGGCUCAGGGCUCCUAGGUACCUAUGCUGGCCACACGGCGCGCAGAUGGGUGUGGUUCACUAUCAGUGCGAUCGCCUAUCUGACUGUUGUGUACCAGAUAUUGGUGAAUGGGACCAAAGCCGCAAUGAGGAAGGAUACACAAACAAAACGGUUUUUUGGCGCCAUUUCGAGCGUUACCGUGCUUGUUAAAAUCUUGUACCCUAUCACCCUAGCAGCAGGCGCCUUAGCUCUAAGAAUCAACGUCGAUUCGGAAGUUGUCCUUUUCGCCAUUUAUGACCUCUUCUUACAAGGUAUCAUUGGCUACUGGCUGAUUCUCGCUCACGAUAGCUCUCCUGGAAUAACUCUCUGCGUUGACGGAUUCUGGACUAAUGGGAUCGUAAACGAGGGAGCCAUUCGUGUUGGAGAAGAAGACGGCGCCUAA